AUCGCAAUGUAUCAUGGGUAAAUUUUGAAUGAAUGAUCUACAAUUAGUAGUGAGUCAUUAUUUAUGAUGGAACGUGAUUUGUAGAUAGUUCAAACCGCAGUCGCCUGUAGUCAUUUUGAUGCUCUCGAAUACGGCCAAUACUUGCCAAUAAGAUCCGUGUUGUUGUGUUUCCACUAGAUAGCACAGCCACAAAGUUAUGUCGUGAAAAUGUAUGAAAACAAGCAUGAGAAUUUUGGUCUUCAUUCAAGGUUAGGGUUAGGCAUAAUGUUCGCAGCGUGGUUAAAGUUACGGUUAAGGUCAAGUUUAAAAUAAAAUUUUAAGAAGAUAAAUUGUAGAAAUAGGCGGGGUUUAUUAGUUUGUGGCUGGGGUAACUAGUGAUGACUGUGUUGUCAUAAUCACCCAUCCGUACCCGAGUGGGUGCAGGGUGAUUCUCCUAUUGUACAGAAUAGGACAGGGAGAACCAUGGCAUACUUGCGAGGCGCCUCAUCUAAUAUCCAACGCACAGAGAAUAUGAAUUGUGCGCGAUUUUUGUGCUGAGCCAAGAUCCUAUAUUUUUAAAACACAAAACCAGGACCUCGGAUUAUUUCUACACGCACCAUUUUGAUCGAAGAGGUCCAUGAUGGAGCACAUCCGAACGCCAAAGGUGGAGAAUGUCCGCCUGAUUGACCGUACGGCCCCUAGGAAAGCCAUGGUGGGAACGCUGUACCUCUCUGCCACACACACCAUCUUCGUGGAGAACAACCCAGAGACACGCAGAGAGACUUGGGUGCUCCACAGCAUGGUGGCCAGUGUGGAGCGGCCGCCAACCACCCCUUCAGGAAGCCACCUGGUCGUCCACACUAAGAACUUCCAGGUGGUUCAGCUGCUCAUCCCCCAGGAGAGGGACGCCAUGGAUGUCCAGGCCUCGCUUGCACGCCUCUCUCGUCCAGAGAAAUAUAGCGAGCUCUACUGCUUGUCCAUCAAUCCCAACGCUAACAAGGAGGAGAGGGAGGAGUCCUGGAGUUUCCUAGACCUGCAGGCGGACUACAGACGCAUGGGCGUUCCCAACAACCUCUGGGUCAGCACGCCAGCCAACAGCGAGUACAGGGUGUGUGAUACGUACCCAUCAGAGCUGUUUGUGCCAAAGUCGGCCACACCUCCAGUCAUCGUGGGGAGCUCUAAGUUCCGGAGCCGAGGGCGUUUACCUGUCCUGACGUACUUCCACCAGGAUACCCUAGCUGCUAUCUGCCGCUGUAGUCAGCCCCUGUCCGGCUUCAGCGCUCGCUCCCAGGAGGAUGAACAAAUGCUGGAGGCCAUCAUGAAGUCCAACCCGGGCAGCGACUACAUUUACGUGGUGGACACCAGGCCAAAGUUGAAUGCGAUGGCCAACCGGGCGGCUGGAAAAGGCUAUGAGAACGAGGACCACUACGCCAACAUCAAACUGCAGUUCAUCGGCAUCGAGAACAUCCACGUGAUGAGGAACAGCCAGCAGAAGAUCAUUGACGUGGGUGAGCUCAAGACUCCCUCCAUGGGCGACUUCCUGUGGGGGCUGGAGAGCUCCGGUUGGCUGAAGCACAUCAAAGCCGUGCUGGACGCAGGCGUCUUCAUCGCCAAGGCGGUUGCGGAGGAGGGUAUCAGUGUGGUGGUCCACUGUUCGGACGGUUGGGACAGGACGGCCCAGGCCUGCUCUGUAGCCAGUGUUCUCCUGGAGCCUUACUACAGGACUAUGAAGGGACUCAUGCUGCUAAUCGAGAGGGACUGGGUGUCGUUCGGUCACAAGUUUUCACACAGGUACAACCAUCUGGAAGGUGAUCCUAAGGAGGUGUCCCCGGUGAUAGACCAGUUCCUGGAGUGUGUGUGGCAGCUGUCAGAGCAGUUCCCCUGUGCCUUCGAGUUCAACGAGCGCUUCCUGGUUCAGCUGCACAGACACAUCUACUCCUGCCAGUACGGCAACUUCCUGGGCAACAGCCAAAAGGAGAGGAGGGACAUGGGGUUGCGUGAGAGGACUCACUCCCUGUGGCCCCAGCUGUGGAAGGACAGGGCACAGUACGCCAACCCCUUGUACAGGGCUGACCACACCCAGACUCAGGGGAUGCUACGGCCAAACACCACCCCCUACUGCUUCAAGAUGUGGAAGGGCAUGUAUAACCGUGUGGAGAAGAGCUCUCCCCCGCGCCAGACGCCCACCGACUUACUGACAGCCGUCAGGGAGGAGACUCAGCAGCUGGAGGAGGAGCUGACCAAUCACCAGGAGAGGAUUGCAGUCCUGAUAAAAGCAGAUCAAACUAAGGGUAAUGUGGGUCAGAGGAAGAUCAACAAAGUGUGUGAGGAAGAAUGCAGGCCAGGUGGACUGGCUCCUCCCACUGGAGAUGGCCCCUCCACCAGCCCCCCUCAGGGCUAUUCUUCCUCCCAGGGGGGGCCCCCGGGCUCUGCUAUGACCCUGCCCUUGGGGCCCCCCAAGGGUCCUGGCCCUGACUCAGACGACCUCUCCUCGGCUUGCAGCGACAUGGAAUCGGGCGUGGCCGACCUCAGCAGCCGCUCCUCCAGCGGCGGCGACGACAACAAGGACCCCGACGAGGCCGUCUACUGCACGGCCUGAGUGAAAAUGGAGAUCAAUGAGGGGCUUGUCGGAGGGGGGUUGCCUUGUUGACGAAGGCACUUUGCAUUGACAAUUGAAUAUCACAGAGGUCUCUGUUUUGACAGGGCCAAUUGGACUGGAUUUUACUUGUGAUUCUUUUGUUUUCUGUGUAGUUAGUAUCGGUGCACAACAUGAGCACCUGCCGGGUAUUGUGGUAACACUGGGCAGCCGUAGUGGAUGUUUGAAGCCCAUACUAGUGUAAAAUGUGAACAAAAAUAUUCCAGGACCAAACGUUUACAGCAAAAGCAAAAUACUGGUGUGCAAUAUUUUGUCUUAAGCUAUUAUGUUGAGUUACAAUGUACUACUGUACAACAUUUUAAAACAGGAAAAAAACUAAAUGUACAUUUGUUUGUACUUUCCUUCAGACCAAUGCAUUACAUUGGUCGCACCAAGUAGGACUACCCCUCCGAAAUCUAUUUGUCCCUUCUGAAGUCUGAACAAGCAUAGAGGCUACAAU